AUGGAUAAAGAAUUAAUAAAAAAAUCAUUAGGUGUACAUCCAGAUUUUCCAAAGAAAGGCAUAACCUUUUUGGAUAUCUUCCCAAUCUUACAAGACCCAUUUAAAUUUGAAGUUUUAAUUACUCACUUAUUGUCACAUUUACACUCUCAUACAAUUCCAAAGUUGUCUAAUGGUGGUAAGAUAGACGUCGUAGUUGGUUUAGACGCUAGAGGUUUUCUUUUGGGUCCAGUUUUAGCUAUGAGAUUAGGUGCUGCCUUCGUUCCAGUUAGAAAAGGUGGUAAAUUACCUGGACAAUGCUCAAAGGUUGAGUACAGCUUAGAAUAUGGUAAAGACGUUUUCGAAAUUCAAUCAAAUUCGAUUAAACAAAAUCAAAACGUAAUCGUCAUUGAUGACUUGAUCGCUACUGGCGGUUCAGCAAGCGCAGCUGGUCAAUUAAUUAAACAACAAGGCGGUAAUACAUUAGAGUACUUGUUUAUCGUCGCAUUACCUUUCUUGAAAGGAUUGGAAAAGUUAGACGCACCUGCUUAUUACAUCGUUGAAGCAGAGGAUUAAAAUGUUUUGUUUAUAAAUUAGAUUUUUUU